CUGACCUGCUACUUGGCCUAGGGCCUAUUUGUCUCCAUGGAGAUAAAUAUUUAGGACAAGCCAUAACACAGCCAUAACACAUCCACACAUCACUUUUCUGGAGUCCAGAAAAGUGAUUCUUCCAUUACAGUUACUUAAUAAAAUUAUUUUUCAUCCGAGGUAAGGGUUAAGAGGAUCCUGGUGGGACUCGGGUUGCACCAUAGACUCGAUGUGUCGCACACAGGGCGUGAGCAUAGAGUUAAGCACAGCACAGGCAUCAGACAGUUGACUGUCAAAGUGUUGCUCAACUGGACUGAGCGAGAAAUCACGGGACACGGAGUGUAUCUAUCUUCUAUGACAUCGGCUGACUGACGCACUGCGUGCACAUCCACUAUGGCAGAGGCAGCGAUUGUAGAAGCUGAGCCUGCAUCGUCCAACAGUCCACUGGUGUCCUUAUCCUUCCAGAAGAAUGCACAGAGGAAGCUCAAGUUUCUGGAGGGAGAGCCUAAAGCACUGGGGAUCACCCAAAUAUGUCUGAGCAUAUUCCAGAGCAGUUGUAUGGCCUCGAUUAUUGCCAAUGGUGUGAGCAGAAGUGAAACUUUUCUGUUUUUUAUCAUUUCAUCCAUAUUGAUUUUCAUUGCAGGAAGUGUAGCUGUUGCAUCUAAAAACCUGCACCUACCAACGCUCAAGGCCUGUGUGGGAAUGGAGAUUGUCGCCACUACAGCAUCUCUAUUCAACCUGGUCCUCGCACUGGCCACAAUGGAAGAGUUUUACUGCUUACACUUAGACUCGUUCGACAACUCCACAUUUUCCGAGGAGAUGGGAGCAUACUGCAGAAAGAUUGAUGCUGCCCAUUUGCACUUGUUUACGGAGUUGGUGAUCCUCCAGGUGACUCUCUUGUCCAUCUCUGUCACUCUGGCGAUCUAUGCCUGUAAGGUGGUCAACUGCUGCUCUCCGGCUGCAAAAGUGCCGGUGAUAACAAUACAAGCCUCUCCAGCUCAAGGGUGAAAAGGAGGGAUGAUCUCAAACAUGUUACCAGCGCAGUAUUUGACUAUGUAAUGAGUAUCCAAUUGUUGUAUUACUAUAUAGAUAUUUUCAAUAAACUGUAUAAAUAUG